AUGUCGCAGCAUCAUCGUCACCCCCCGACGGCAGCCCCCUCCCCCCCCGAGCGGCGCAAGCUCCUCCAACGCCAGCAAGACUUUGCCACGCUGUGCGCCAUCCAGGAGCAGCUCGAACGCCGCCGGGACACACCGCCGCUCGACGGGCCGGCCCUCGUCGAGCUGCUCGUCGUGUGCGGCGCGCCCCUCGACAUUGACGACGACGACCCCAUCGACCUCGAGCCGCGCUUCUUCCUCCCCGGCCCCGCCGGCUGCCGCGCCAAGGACCGCCACGGACCGCCGCUCGAGCCCAUCCAGGUCCACCGGCUCCGCGGCCGAGGCUGGCCCGGCGGCUGCGACGACUGCGCGCGCGACGCCCUGGCCGACGCGCGGCGGCAGGCGCGCUCCUGCGAGCUCGCGGCCUGGCGGGCGUCGCGCUGGGACACGCACCGCUACGUGCGCGAGCGCAACCGGCCCGGCGAUGCGACCCGGGUGCGCACCGCCGACGGGUCGGUCCGCUUCCACUACUUCGCCGCCGGCAGCUACCGCAUGUGGCCCCGCGGCACCGGGUGGAGGGACUGGACGUACCAUCCCGACGUGCCGCACGCCAUCGGCACUGUCUACGACAUGGCGGCGCCGCCUGAGGGGGCUAUUCUACGCAGCGAGCUGCUCUUUGCCGUGUCGCUGCUCAAGGCCUCGGUCCACGACGCCACCAUGUUUAUCCGCCACAGGAUUUGUCCGGUGUGUUAG